GCUGCAUCCGUCCACCAGCAAUGCAGGGAUUGCUUCCCCACACUGUUGGCCGAAAACCGCUGCAAAGGAAAAUCAAUCCAAUUGACUGAAGUGAAGGCCAGCCCAGGGCGAGUUCCGUCCAUGACUCUACUCUACUUCUCCUCUCUUCCUCAUAACAAUCCAAUACCACAAUCAUUCUCGCACGACACGACACACAAUCCACUGGCAAUUGUGCGAAUAAUAUACUUACGAGAGCUGAGCUGACCUAGCCAGAGGUAUCUCUUCUCUAUCCUCUCUUUCUCCUCCAUUCGCCUCCACUCUCCACUCCCCCGACCUCAAAAUGCUCAGAUCCUAUCCUGCGAGGAGCGCCGCCGCGCGUGCCCUCAGACAAAAGUCAAAAUGUCCUGCACAACGAUUCUCUACCUCCCCAGCUUCAGCCUCCAUUGGAAUGGUACGGAAAGCACCUGCUACGACGACAAGAUCACAAGCCACUGUUGCGACAGCUUCAUCGCCCUCGCCUGCGACGAAAACAAGAGAAAAUCCAGCUCCAACGUUCAAUACCACCACGAAACAAGAGAACCCUUUACAACCCGCCCAUAAUGCCCGGUCACAUUCAGAAAUGGAUGAGUCAUUUAUUGGCAAGACGGGAGGAGAAAUCUUUCAUGAGAUGAUGUUAAGACAAGGUGUCAAGCAUAUCUUCGGUUAUCCUGGUGGUGCGAUUCUUCCCGUAUUUGAUGCUAUCUACAACUCAAAACAUUUCGAAUUCAUCCUUCCAAAACAUGAACAAGGUGCUGGACAUAUGGCUGAGGGAUAUGCGCGAGCUUGUGGGAAACCCGGUGUUGUUCUCGUCACUUCCGGACCUGGGGCGACGAAUGUCAUUACGCCAAUGCAGGACGCCCUCUCCGAUGGAACCCCAAUGGUUGUGUUCACAGGUCAGGUCGUCACAUCGGCAAUUGGAAGUGAUGCUUUCCAAGAAGCAGAUGUUAUUGGUAUCUCCAGAGCAUGCACGAAGUGGAAUGUCAUGGUGAAGAAUGUUGCCGAGAUGCCAAAGCGGAUAGCUGAAGCAUUCGAGAUUGCUACUUCGGGACGACCAGGGCCCGUCUUGGUUGAUUUACCAAAAGACGUUACAGCUGCUGUUCUCCGAAAGGCCAUUCCUACUGGUAGCACUAUCCCAGCCCUGCCAAGCCAAGCUUCGAAAAUGGCUCAGCAACAUGUUAAGAAGCAACUUGAGGCUACGAUUGGCCGUGUAGCGAAGUUGAUCAAUGGUGCAAAGAAGCCCGUCAUCUAUGCUGGUCAGGGUAUCAUCUCCCUCCCAGAAGGUCCAAAACUCCUCAAGGAACUCGCGGACAAGGCCUCUAUUCCUGUAACAACAACUCUCCAGGGUCUCGGUGGAUUCGAUGAGCUUGACCCCAAGUCCCUUCACAUGCUUGGUAUGCACGGCUCAGCAUACGCCAACUUGGCCAUGCAAGAAGCAGACCUCAUCCUCGCUCUUGGGGCUCGUUUCGAUGAUCGUGUAACUGGAGCUAUUGCCAAGUUUGCACCAGCUGCUAAGCAGGCGGCAGCUGAGGGACGUGGUGGUAUCGUGCAUUUCGAGAUUAUGCCAAAGAACAUCAAUAAGGUCGUCCAAGCCACAGAGGCCGUAGAAGGCGAUGUUGUGGAUAACCUUGCCCUUCUCAACCCUCUCAUCAACACCACAAGUAUGUCUGACCGAAAAGAAUGGUUCGACCAGAUUAACCACUGGAAGGAGAAGUUCCCUCUCAGCUCUUACCAAAAGGCCGAGAGAUCAGGUCUCAUCAAACCCCAGACUCUCAUUGAAGAGCUUUCAAAUCUCACCGCCCACCGCAAGGAAGAUACCAUCAUCGCCACUGGUGUCGGUCAACAUCAAAUGUGGACCGCUCAACAUUUCAGAUGGCGUCACCCAAGAACCAUGAUAACAUCUGGUGGUCUCGGGACAAUGGGUUACGGUCUCCCAGCUGCUAUUGGUGCUAAGGUUGCUCGUCCAGACGCUCUUGUCAUUGAUAUCGAUGGAGAUGCUUCGUUCAACAUGACUCUUACUGAGAUGUCCACGGCCAAGCAAUUCAACAUCGGUGUCAAGAUCAUCGUCUUGAACAACGAGGAGCAAGGUAUGGUCACACAAUGGCAAAAUAUCUUCUACGAGGACAGAUACGCACACACGCAUUCCGAGAACCCAGAUUUCAUGAAGCUCGCCGAUGCUAUGGGUAUCCAAGCAAGAAGAUGUAUCAAGCCAGAUGAUGUCAAGGAUGCUCUCACAUGGUUGAUCGAGAGUGACGGACCAGCUUUCUUGGAGGUUGUGACAGAUAAGAAGGUUCCUGUUCUUCCCAUGGUACCAGCUGGUAGCGCCCUACAUGAGUUCUUGUUCUACGAUCCAGCCAAGGACAAGGAGCGCAGAAAACUCAUGGGCGAGCGAACAGGUGGAAAGCACGGAGGCGACUAAUUGAUAUCCCAUCGCACCGCAACCGGUGCUCGUUCGGUUUUCCAGCGUGGUGGCUUUUCUUUUCUUUGCAAUGCAAUGCAAUGCAACGCAAAUGCAAAUGGCGGUGUUUGGACACGAAAAAGUGAAAAGUUUAUAUUUUUUCCCAUACCAGAAGAGCUUCUUCUCAGGGUUCUCAUCAAUACAUAUUGAGAAUGUGAUUGUUGAUGGGAUGAGAUGCGAUGAGAUGAGAUGCAUGGGUAGUUCUAGUUGGGAUGGAUGGAUCGAUCGAUCGAAUGAUGGACUUUGUCUGUGUGUUUGUAUAUGUAAAUAUGGGGCAGUCAUUUGGAAUCAAAAACAAAACAAACCAAAAGGAAUCGAAUCAAGGAAG